AUGGCCACCAACGGCUCGCAAGGGGCCUUUGCGCCUACGGACGUCUUAGGUGCCGUCAUGACGAUGCGAAGCGGGGAGCAGGAGGCAAAGAAGAAGGCGCACGAAUACUUGGAGCUGUUCCAGAAAUCGAAGGACUCGUGGGGAACAGUAAUUGGCAUUCUCCAGUCCAAGGCCGAGCCCGAGGCGACACUCUUUGCCGCCAUCACACUUCGUGGAAAGAUCACCUAUGAUCUCAUCACCCAGGUGGCCCCGAACGAGCUGCCCGCGCUUCGAAAUCAGAUUCUGCUCCUUCUGAAGCACUACGCCUCCGGACCAAAACCCAUUCGAGUCCAGCUGUGCGUGUGUCUGGCCAUCCUGGCGAUCCAAAUGAAGGAUUGGAACGAUGUGCUCCACUCGGUUGUCCAGUCCCUGAGCGACAGCCCCGAGAGCCAUGCUUGUAUUCUCGACUUUUUACGAGUCCUUCCCGAGGAGGUGACUGAAGGUCGAAAAAUUACCUUGUCUGAAGAAGACCUUGCGUUGCGGACGCAGGCAUUGCUGGGAGAUAAUGCAGACCAAGUCGUGCAGCUUCUCAUCAAUUAUUCACAGUCUUCACCUGCCGCAUCCCAAAACCCCCUCCUGAUGGAAUGCAUCACAUCCUGGCUUCGCGAAGUCCCCGUGGCCACCAUCGCCAAUUCGCCGCUUCUGGAUGCGAUUUUCCAUGGGAUAGCGUCUGACGGGUGCAGUCAAGAGGCUGCAGAGUGUCUGAGCACCAUGUUAAGAGAGACGGGCGACGUCGACGAGUCCCAGGAUAUCAUCCAGACCUUGUUCCCCCGAAUCAUCAGCCUGACGCCGCGCAUCGCCACCCUCGUCGAAGAAGAGGAUACCGAAGGGUUGAAAUCUCUAACCAAGGUUCUAGCAACAGCAGCCGAAAGCUGGGUGGUAGCCAUUGCACGACAGCCGGCUCAAUUCCGGCCCCUCGUGGACGCCGUCCUCGAAUGCGCCGCCCGAGACAAGGAUCGAGAGGUUAUCGAGCACACAUUCAACUUUUGGUAUGAACUGAAGCAGUAUCUGGUGCUGGAAAGGUAUAUUCAAGGUAGACUGGAGCUGGUCGACGUCUUCUCCAAGCUUGUGGAUAUUCUACUAUUGCACCUGCAAUACCCACGGCCGGAGUCUGGAAGCGAAACAGACCUGUUCGACGGGGACCGCGAGCAAGAAGAGAAAUUUCGCGAGUUCCGACACCAGAUGGGCGACACGCUCAAGGACUGCUGCGAAGUAAUGGGCGUCACCGAGUGCCUCACCAAGGUGCUUCACGCCAUCCAGCUGUGGACGCAAGGGUACGCCAGCCAGGCCACCGAAGCAACAGUGCCGCAUUGGCAGGAGCUCGAGGCUCCGCUGUUUGCGAUGCGCGCCCUCGGCCGCAUGGUGGACAAGGAGGAGGAUGUCGUUCUCCCUCAGCUGAUGCCCCUUUUGGUGCAGAUGCCUAGCCACGAGAAGCUGCGCUUUGCCACCAUCAUGGUGCUCGGACGGUAUACGGAGUGGACGGCGGCUCAUCCCGAGUACCUGGAGCCUCAGUUCAACUACAUUGUCAACUCAUUCCAGUCCGACUCGCGAGAAAUCAACCGCGCGGCGGCGCUGUCGCUCAAAUUCUUCUGCACCGACUGCAAGCAUCUCCUCAGCGGCCAAGUGCUGCAGCUUCAGACGUUCUACGACCAAGUUCUGGAUAAGCUGCCAGAUCUCAGCAAGGAAGAGGUCACCGAGGGCGUUUCCAACGUCCUCGCUGUCCAGCCCGUCUCCGAGACCUAUCGUUUGCUCAAGACGUACUGCGAUCCUCUGGUCCAAAGGCUGAUGACAAAGGCAAACCAUGCGACUACAGACGAGGGUAAACUGGCCGUAGCAGGUAAUGACUUGCCCCUCCACCAUAUUCCCUCUUCUACUUCCCCCCAUUACUCUUGCGGUCCCAGCUCCUUUGCUAACGUUAUCGAAACAAUAGAUCACCUACAGCUCAUCACCAUCUUUGUGCAAAAUGUGAUGCCACUAAUCAACCCUGGAGAGGAGAAUCCCGCAGUUAAGUACUGGCAGGAGAUCUUCCCUAUUUUGUCUACUGUCCUGGACAACUUCCUGACCUUUUCUCCCAUCUGCGAGAGGGUAUGUAGGUGCUGGAGAAACAUGGUCAUUUCCUACCGCACUGCGAUCGCGCCCAUGCUGGCAGACAUGGCAAACAAAUUGGCUGGCGGCUUCAAUGUCUCUAGGGAGGGCUGUUUCCUCUGGGUCACGUCUGCCAUUCUGCGAGAGUUCUCCGAGGCACGGGAACACGUGGAUCCAUCCAUCACCGAAAACAUCUACACGUUCUUCGAAGCGCAAAUGACGACGUUUCUGAGAGUCAUGACCGAGCUGCAGCCCAAGGAGCUGCCGGACGUGAUUGACGACUUCUUCCGGCUGCUCAUCGAUGCGCUGCUGUACUAUCCUCAAAAGCUGGUGCCGUCUCCACUGUUGGUGCCCAUCUUCGAGGCCUCCAUCUACGCCUUGACGCUGGAGCAGCGGGAUCCUCUUUCUUCCACGCUUCACUUCUUGAGGGACCUGCUGUCAUACGGUGGCGACAACCCGGCCAGCAGUGAGGGACUACCGGAGGCAACCGCGGCCGAAAUCAGGACUAUAGUUAAGGGCCUCCUCGCCAGCCACGGUGAAAACCUGGUAAAGCAGUGCAUGGCCGGUAUGAUGAUUACCUUCCCAAGGGACUGCUUCGCGGACGGUAGUGGCGUUUUGCUUAGUCUCUUCGAGCUUCUGCCCGUGGAGACGACGGAAUGGGUCUCGCGCACCAUCCAGUUACUGCCUCAAGGCACUGUAUCACCGGAAGAGGCAAACAGGCUGUUGGCCAAGAUCAAGGAGCGACUUGCGGCGAACGAGGCCGGCGGUAUCCGACAUGUGAGAGUGCUACUGCAAGACUUUACCAACACAUAUCGGCGCCGUAACGUUGCCCCUCGAGACGGUCUCGGACAGCUCGAGGCAACCAGAUUCCAGUUUGCCGGCUGA